UUUUCUUAAAUAUUUCUUUUUCCCCAAAACCAAACCCUAGAACACAAAUUUAAUUUAACUCAAAUCCGAAAAAUUCUUUCGAUUCCUUCAAGGGAACAAUCUAAUUUUCGAUCGGCGACUUCCUAAGUUGAAGCAUUGCUUCAAUUUUGAGAAAAAGGUUAUCGGGUUUGAGCUGAGUUACAAAUCAUGAGGUUUAAACGGGGAAGCAAAGUUGAGGUAAUGAACAUGAAGCAGUCACCUGCAUCACGGCGUCGUGCAGAGAAUCUCUCUGAUAAUGGGUAUAUGUACACUGUAAGGUAUGAUUACUAUCCUGGAAUUGAAAGUAUGGGGAGGACUGAGAGGGUGUCAAGAAAGAAUAUCAGAUCUUGUACACCAUGUGUGGAGAGUUUGGAAAAUCAGGAAAUUGGUCAGGUUGUGGAGGUAUUUGACGAAUCAUCUUGGAAGAUGGCUACAAUUGUGAAGGUUCUGGAUAGCGACUAUUAUCUGGUACACCAGACUGGAUGUCUGAAGGAGCUUUGUGUGCACAGAUCAAAUACGAGAGUGGUGCAAUGUUGGCAAGAUGAGGAACGGCACUUGAUAAGGAAGGGAUCUGAACUGUGUAGAAGAUCUGACCAACUAUCAGCUUUGAAACCUUCUGAAAAGGUGAGCAAGGUCCUGUCUUUUAGUGCAAGGAAUAGAUUUCAUGCUGGGGAUGAUCAUUUAGCUUCUCAGGAGUGUACUGAGUUGCGGAAGUCUCAUAUUAGCUCUUCGUUAUUGCUGAAUAGGGUAUCCCAAGUUGCCUUCUCUAAAAAUGGAACAUUUAGAAACAUUCGGGAUUUAGAGGCAACUGAGAGAGUUUUUAAGAGACGGAGGGUGGUACCAGCUUCCUUAAAGGGACAGGUCAAUGUUGAUGCCAAGUGCAAAGAGAAUAUAAUGGCUGAGAAGUAUGUGCAUGAUCAAUUGAAAGAUGAUGGAUAUUGUGCACUGGAGAAAACCAAAAGAAGUGGUUCCAUUGGCUAUUUCCUUACCAGAAGUACAGAAUCUAGUGAUGCCUGUUCUGUUGGUAGUUGUAGUAUCAAUGAAAAAUUUUCUAACUUAUCUCCGGAAGAAGUCUUUUGUCAAGGAACUGUGCUUUGCAGUGAUGCAGAGUCUUGUCAUGAUUCUGCAGAUAAGGAGGAAAGACAUUCUCUUUCUUCACCAGUGAAAAUAGCAGCAAGUAUUCAUAGUUUGGAGUUACAUGCUUAUCGCUGCACUUUAGAGGCAUUGUAUGCGUCCGGUCCCUUAAGUUGGGACCAAGAAGCAUUGUUAACUAAUCUUCGCAUCUCGCUCCAUAUUUCAAAUGAUGAACAUUUAGCAGAGCUGAAGACUUUAAUUUCUGCUGGAACUGGGCAACAGUUGGAUGUAUACAUCCUUUGCCUCCAAAAGUCAAAAGAUGAUGCUUGCAUUUGCAGCACCUCUCCUGGCAUUAUAUGGAGGACUCCUACAACAACUGUCCCACAGAUAAGACAAUUCAUGGCUUUUGUUGUUAUUACUAUAAAGCUUCAUGAUUUGUUUUGUCUGGAUAACUUUGACAUUGGCAUGUUGUUUCCUGAAAAGUAAAGCAAUCAAAUGCGACUAUUUGUGUAUAAGGUCUUAUAAUAUUCUGUAUCUAUGUUUGUAGAUCCUCCUAUUGCAUAUUGUACUACUUUGCACCAGAAUAUGGUGUAAGAAUACGUGCAGAAAGAAUUGUUUCCUUUUUAUCAAAGGAGUUUUUUCUUGAGCCGAGGGUCUAUCAGGAACAACCUCUCUACCUUUGAGGUAGGGGUAAGGUUUGUGUUCAGUGUACACUCUACCCUCCCAACACUCCACUUUGUGGGGUUACACUGGGUAUGCUGUCGUCUUUUUAUCAACUGAGUAGGAAAAGACAUUUGCAUUUAAUUGGAGAGCUGGAAAGUGGAAACAAUAUAGUAUACAAAAUCUCAAGGUAUUGCAGAUCAUCAGAUGAAUGUAAGUCAAAGGCACACUAAAAUGAAAAUGUGCAAUCAAAUUAUUGGGUUCUGCCUCUAUACCAGAGUUUUUGGUUGCUAAUUCUAUGGUAAAGAUUUAUCUAUGAAAGUGUAUGCCUCUUGUGACAGCCCUAAACUGUUAUUCUUGUCUCCAGUAUCAUUUCUUAAUGAUUCAUUGUGCUCUUAAUCAACAUCUUUGUAACUAAACAUUGACAAAUGUAAUAUAGCAGCUGCAAAGUUAAUUGGCACUUUGUCAUUCUGAGAUAUAUCAACAUUAACCUUGAUUCCUUCCAAAUCUUGUAUUUCCCCCAAUGAAGAUAUUGUUUCCUUAAUUUCUGCUGUCUUGAGUGCUAUCUUUUUGAUUAACUACAACCCGAGAUUCCUAAUUAUCAAAAUAAGUGUGUUUGUUGUUUGAUCUUUUUUUUUGUCUGGGAGGGUGCUUCCAUGCAAGAGGUUUGGACUUUAACGAAAACUAAUGUGAUCUUUUCGCUCUAUUACUAAUCUUUUGAUGGAGCUUAUUACUCUUAGUGAGAAUAACAUGUAUAUCUCUGGGAGGUUGAAAGUCAUGCUUGUGGUCUUCAGGAGGACUAAAGAACACAUGGUUCAUCAGUUCUUGGAGAUGCUGUUGCAGCAGGUGUAGAGUUCCAAAUUACUUUCAUUUCAGAACUCAAGCUUGGAGGUAAAAGAGAGGAUAUGUAUGUACAUCAGUAAAAUAGAUGCAACAAAAAGACCGCUGUUUUUGAAGAGCAAAACAUCUAAUGAUUAAGUACUAACAUGAUCUCUCUUCUUUCUUUUUUUUGGUGGAAGGAUUCAAGGAGAUGCUCUUACUAAAAUGAGUGACACAUUUAAUAGUUACUAUUUUUUUAUUUUUUUUUUGUUGAGAAGAAAGGGAUAUCAUGCUAGUACUCCCUCAGUCCCUAAUUACUUGUCCACGUUUGAAUUGACACACCAAUUAAGAAAACAAUUAUUGACAUAGUGCAUUUAUUAUUUUACCCCUAUUAAUUAUGAAGUGGAUGAAUUAAAAAUUUAAGAUUUUUAAGAAGUUCUACUUUUUUCAAAAUUAAUUAAUUGAGGGUAUAAUAGGUAAGAAAAUGUUGUCCUUUUCUUUGUUUGUCAGAAGGGACAAGUAAAAAAGAAAAAUUGGACAAGUAAUUAGGCACAAAUGGAGUACUUAAUUAUUUAGAUAUCUUGUUCUUCAAAUAGGCAGUCCUUUUGAUAGACGCAAAAUCUAGAGAAGGAACUCACCUCAAUGGAGUAGGCAAUCUACCCCACGGAGACAACUUUACUGUCACUCCAAGACUCAGCAGUGGAGGAAAAAAAA